UCUCUCUCUCUCUCUUUCUUUCUGCGCGUGGUCUAAUAAAAACCCUAAUUUGCUGAAUUCCCUACUUUUUUUUCCUCCCCCUUUCAACAAUUUCCUCGGUAUUCCGGCAUUGAAGAGAAGACCUCAACUCUGUGUUGUUAAUGGCGACAGAGCGUGAGGAGGUUCGUUAUGAAGGAGGAAGAGGUGGGAAGUUCCAGAAAAGGCCUCUCAGAAGGUCGCAUACGACGCCGUAUGAUCGGCCGCCGACUGCUCUGAGAAACUCUGCUGGAAAAGGAUGGCUCUCUAAGCUUGUUGAUCCGGCGCAGAAGCUCAUCACCUCCAGUGCGCAUAGGCUGUUUUCUAGCGUGUUUCGUAAACGCCUUCCCCCUCCGCCGCCGUCAUUGGCAAUUUCUCGAGAGGCUAAUGAUGAGAUGGAAAUUAAGAACCAGGAAGAAGUUGCAGCUGAUCCUCCUGGAACUCAAGAAGGGACUAAUAAUGAUUUUGUUCCAAGCAUCAAUUCUAAUAACAUACAUGGGGUGAGUGACCUCGAGAAAAUUUUGAAGGAGAAGACCUUUACAAGAUUUGAGAUUGAUCGCUUGACUGAACUUCUGAAAUCAAGAGUUGCUGAUGUUCCAAGUGGGGUUGAAUCGAGGAAAUUUGAAAUGGUUCCUCCAACACCUGUUAUCAGUUAUGACAUACAGGAAGGGUCUCCAAAAUUUCCAGCUCAAGAGGGAGUUAGGCCUCAUAUGGUUCCAACUCAUGUCGUGAAUGCAAAUGUCCCUGAUGAGGAUGUUGCUUCACCUGCAGAGAUUGCAAAGGCGUUCAUGGGUAGCAGGCCUCCAAAAGCAACUCCGUUGAGUAUGGUGGCCCAUAGUCAAAAGUUUGGGGAUACUUUUGCUUUAGGCAAUCCCCCAAAGUCCUCUACUUUAUCUCUUGUGCCAAGGUCUCCUGGAAAUUUUGAUGUUGAAAAUGAUUUUGUCACCCCAAGAUCUCGUGGCAGAUCUGCUCUAUACAGUAUGGCUCGAAUGCCAUAUUCAAGAGUUCGUGCAACCCCCAGCAUAAAGAAUAGUGUAGCAACAACAGAUUCUUACAGGGCCACUGUGACCUCAUCAUCUCAGUCAGCAUGGGAGCAAGGGAGACUUUUGGAGUCUAAUCAAGGGGCUUUAAAACGCCGAAGCUCAGUUUUAGAUGAUGAAAUAGGAUCUGUUGGUCCUAUUCGAAGAAUUCGCCAUAAAUCCAAUCUCCUUUUCCCUAAAGGUUUGAGUUUACCAAGCAGUUCCACUUCUAUUCCUGUUAGUGGAAUUGGUUCCGAGACUUCUCUGCAUUUGCAUUCCACAAAAGUUCAUCCAUUUUCGUCUACUGCUGGGAAGGCACCUUAUUCAAGUGAGACCAAGCGUAAUUUGUCCAAAAUUUCUGCAGAGUCUGAAAAUGAUAGGACACCUAGUUCAAGUUUCCCUCAAAUUCCCCUCAGGUCUAGUGAGAUGGCCUUAAAAAUAUUAGAGCAGCUUGAUAAAUUGACCCCUCCAAAAGAAAAAUCUUCGGAACUAAAGUUGCAUAGUGUGAGGAAUAACUCACCCAUGAAGUUAUCACCAUCAAUGUUGCAUGGGCCAGCUCUUAGAAGUCUGGAAGAUGUGGAUUCAGCUAAGUAUUUGGAAAAUGUUGAAGACAUUCGGUCUAAUGAUGGCCGUGAUCUUACUUCGAAAAAGAACGAUAAGUUUGAGGAUAGUAGCUUGUUAAAAUCUAAAGUACCCAGUGAUAAAUCUAUUUCUACAGGUGGUGGUGUAGGUUCUUCAGUGCCUUCAAAGGAUACUGUAUCUAGUUCUGGUCUGCAGGUUUCAUUUGUUGGCCCGUCCUCGCUAACAAAAUGUGCGUUCCAGAUGAGUGUACAAGAGGAUUUUGUCGAUAUGGAUGACGAAGAAUAUUCUAAUGGGCCAGUAGCUGCUAAAUCAUUUGAGAGGCGAGAAAAAGUUGACGACUCAUUAGUGGCAGUGGGUAAGCCGAGUGAUACUGAAGCCAUCACAGUAGAUAAACCUCAGGCUUCAAUUCAGGCUAAACCAUCCACCGUCUCUGAAAUGAAGAAAAUAAAUGACCAAGCAAAAUCUGAUGUUCCUGUGACUACUGAAAAGAGUUCCAUUUUUUCCUUUCCAACAGCAUCUCCAUCUAGCACUACAGCCAAUGUGAUAGAACCGGAAUCAACCACGAGACCUGAAAAAAUUGCUUCUUCUGAGGUACCGAAAGCAGCUGCUGCCCCUAUAUUUGGCUUUGGAGAAAAGUUGCCAUCACAGAAGGAUUCGGUUUUUUCUUCUCCCACCUUUACGUUUGGAAACAAGGUUACCACCUCUACAAAUGAACAAAAUGCUGUUCCUGCUGUAACUUCUGAAGGCAAUGUUGCACCUACUCUACAAGCUUCUGCUCCUACCACAUUUAAAUUUGGAGAUAAAGCUACAUUUCCUAUUCCAGCAAGUACCGCCACCGAAAAUGGAAAUAGUGAUGCCGGGUCUCCGUUUAAGUUUGCAUCUUCUUUAGUUAAUGAAAAAGGUGCUAAAGCAGGCAGUGCUUCAGUUUUUAAAUCAGAGAGUUCUAGCAGCAGCACCCUGUCAUUUGGAGUUCCGAAAGAGUCGAUUUCGGAGAAAGCUGGCGAUAAGAAGAGUUCAAGUGCCGGACUCUCUGUUGGCACAUCUGGGAAUUUGCUUUUGUCAUCUGUCUCAUCAACACCAACUCCCAGUUUGUUUUCUUUUAGCUCCCCUACCACUAAUUCAAAUCUUAUUAACGGAUCUCUUGGUUCCACCCCAUCUACUUUUCCCUCCCCAUCCAACACCUUUCCUAGUAAUAUAACAAAUCAAAAUUCAUCCAUCAAACCAUCUCUCAAUGCUGCCACUAGCAGUAGCGAACCCGUCACCACUACUAGUCUUUCUACGUCUUCUCCUAUGCCAUCUUUUUCAGCUGCACCAAUUUUCAAGUUUGGGAGCUCCAGUGUUCCUUCGAGUUCAGCACCGAGCGGAGUUGGAUCUGUAGAAACCAAGACCAAGCAAGAGACAACACCCUUUGGCAAUGUAAGUGGCAUUUCUCCGAGCGACACAUCUGCUGCUAAAGUAUUUAGUACUGGAAGCAGUGUUUUUCAAUUUGGAGCUGUGUCUACUACUUCAGAUUCUAAUAAACAACCAGAAAAGUCAACCUUCGCUCCGGUCAGUGUACCUUCAUUUGGUGCUCCAGUUUUGCCUGCAAGUAGUGGGGUUGCUUCUUCUACUCAGAGUACACCUGUUUCGCCGUUCAGUUCAUCAUCUACAUCAUUUGGUUUGACAGGGAACACGGGUUUGGCCUCCGGUAAUUCUUUGGUUGGUUCUUCAGCUCCCGCGUCUAAUUUGUUCACUUCAGGGGCCACUUUUGGGUUUGGUUCCUCCAGUUCUGCUAAUAAUUCAGUCAGCUCCGGUGCUGGUACUAGUUCUAGCUUCUUUAACUGGCAGGCAUCCUCCGCGCCAUCAUUUUCUUCUGGAUUUGGCUCAACUCCAACGGGAGGAUUUUCCUUUGGCCUUGCAUCUUCUUCUGCUGCUUCUAGUUCCCCUAUGCUCUUUGGAUCAUCGACAACCGGUGCAGCAUCAACAACCUCGAUGUUCUCAUUCACUUCAGCUGCAACUGCUGCGUCGUCACAGCCUGCUUUUGGUAAUUCUAAUCAUGGCUUCACCUUUGGUUCAACACCUCCUGCAAAUAAUGAUCAUGCAAAUAUGGAGGAUAGCAUGGCUGAGGAUACCGUCCAGACAGUCGCAUCGCCAACGCCUAUGCCGAGUUUUGGGCAACAACCCCUUACGCCACCUCCAUCGUCAGGGUUCGUGUUUGGUUCAACUGCUCCUUCUCCGCUAGGAGCAAAUCCUUUCCAGUUUGGUGGUAGCCAACAAAAUGUACCUACCCCACAAAAUCCCAAUCCAUUUCAGGCUUCGGGUAGCUUAGACUUCAAUGCCAGUGCUGGAGGAAGCUUCUCACUAGGCGCUGGUGGCGGCGACAAAUCGAACCGAAAAUUCGUGAAAGUUAAAAGCAAAUCAAGAAAGAAGUAGGAGGAAUCGAGAGCAAAGGUAUUCGGUUUUCUUUUUUCGUGUUUCUAUAUCCCAGUUUUUUUUCGUCUAGGAAAAAUUUAUAUUACCAUCUCUUUCAUGUCGAUGACUGGAAAGAGGAGAGGGGUGGGGAGGGGUCAUUUGUCACCUGAGUUGUUUGAUUUCGACGUGAUAAAGCCAAGAAUUGUUGGUUCUAUGUUCUCGUUUAGCGAAUGGUUCGGUUGGCAAAUUUUUUCGUGGUAUCGAUGGGGUCCUAAGUUCAGAAAUUUUGUAUUAGCUUUAUUAGGAAAGGUGGAAGAACAUUCUGUGUACUCUAGUAAGUAGUGUGUCCAUGUUUGAGGUAACAACAUCAUCUUCUUCUUCUUCUU